AUGCGAAGUAGAUUAGCUGAAGUUAUUGAUGUAUACAAAAUAUUCGUAUCCAAUAUGAGUAGUCGAAAUUUAUCUAAAAGGGAACUCGAGGAGUUACGUAAAAAAGAAGAAGAAGAAGCUGCUGCACAUGUAUUUAAAGAAUUUGUGGAGACAUUCCAAGAAGUGCCCAGUACUACAUCUAAAGUUUGGGUGAAAGCAGGGACAUAUGAUGCAGGUGCUAGAAAGGAGGAUACAUCAGAACGUGGCAAAUUAUAUAAGCCAGUGUCACGCUUGGAUGAUAAGCGCACAGUCACAGAGGCAGAAGUGGUGCGGAGUCUUGCACUCAGAUCAGAGCCUUUGGGCAGAAAUAUAGGCCGCAAUAAGAAAAGUGGAGACAAGAAAAAGAGUAACCUAGAGUUGUUCAAGGAAGAAUUAAGACAGAUCCAAGAAGAACGCUCAGAGCGUCAUAAAUACAAAAAUGUAUUGCGCGACCGUGGUGUGGUGGGCUCUGAACCUCCUCUGGAUAUGAUACCCGAUGUUGGCUCUUAUGAUACUGGUGACCCCAAUACUACCAACCUUUACCUGGGCAAUUUAAACCCUAAGAUAACAGAACAACAGCUAAUGGAGAUAUUUGGUCGGUACGGUCCUCUGGCUAGUAUUAAAAUAAUGUGGCCCCGGUCCGACGAAGAGAAGGCGCGCGGACGCAACUGCGGCUUCGUUGCUUUUAUGUCGAGGAAAGAUGGCGAGAGGGCGCUCAGAUGUAUUAACGGUAAGGAGAUAAUGAACUAUGAGAUGAAGCUGGGGUGGGGCAAGGCGGUGGUGAUCCCGCCCGUGCCCAUCUACAUCCCGCCGUCGCUGCAGCAGCCCUGCAAGCCGCCGCCGCCCUCCGGCCUGCCCUUCAACGCCCAGCCGCCCAAACACCUCAUGGGGAAGAUACCGAGAGUGCGUUCAGGAGAAUAUUAUCCUAGUGAUCCAGAAGACCGCCAGAACUAUGAGCAGAUUUUAUCACAAUCCAUAGUCAAAGUUGUGAUACCAACGGAAAGAAACAUCCUAAUGCUGAUCCACCGCAUGGUGGAGUUCGUGAUCCGCGAGGGUCCCAUGUUCGAGGCCAUCAUCAUGAACAAGGAGAUGAACAACCCGUACUUCCGCUUCCUGUUCGAGAACCAGUCGCCGGCGCACGUGUACUACCGCUGGAAGCUGUUCUCCAUGCUGCAGGGCGACACGCCCAAGCAGUGGAACUUGGAGGACUUUAGGAUGUUUAAAGGUGGUUCAGUAUGGCGUCCGCCCGUGAUGAAUCUAUACACCGCCGGCAUGCCCGAUGAGUUGGUGGAGGAAGAGGACGCUAAAGAAAACAUUCGCGGCACACUGUCUAACAACCAGCGCGACCGGCUGGAGGAGAUCAUCCGCGCGCUGACGCCGGCGCGGCGCAGCGUGGGCGCGGCCAUGGCGUGGUGCCUGGAGCACGCGGAGGCGGCGGGCGAGGUGGCGCGCUGCCUGGCCGAGGCGCUGGCGCAGGCGCGCACGCCGCCGCCGCGCCGCGUGGCGCGCCUCUACCUGCUGUCCGACAUCCUGCACAACGCGCAGGCCAAGCUCACCAACGCCUCCGCCUACCGCGCCGCGUUCCAGCAGCGGCUGGUGGACAUCAUGCGCGAGUGCCACCUGGCGUGGGCGCGCAUGCCGUCGCGCCUGCAGCAGGAGGGCUUCCGCGCGCGCGUCACGCGCGUGCUGCAGGCCUGGGCCGACUGGGCCGUCUACCCCACCGACUUCCUGCUGCACAUCAACGACGUCUUCCUGGGACAGGAGAAGGAGGGUGACCCGCCGUGCGUGCCAAGCGGCGAGGCGCUGGAGGGCACGGUGUCGCCGGCGGGGUCGACGGGGUCGGGCGCGUCGGGCGUGUCGGGCGGCUCGGGCGGCUCCGGCCCGCUGGACGGCGCCGCGCUGCGCCGCCUCGCCGAGCAGCGCCCCGUGCAGCCCGUGCUCGCCGACCUCAACGAUAUCGAUGGCAUACCGGUGGACGAGGACAUCGACGGCGUGCCGCUGGAGGCGGAGGCGACGGAGCGCACCGCGGCCGCGUUUGUGCCGUCGCGCUGGGAGAGCGUGGAGCCCGCGCCGGCGCCGCGCGGCGGCACGCCCGACCCCGCGCAGCCCGACGACGGCGCGGGCGCAGACUCGCCGCCCGGGCGCGGCGGGGAGGCGCGCGGGGAGGUGCGGGGCGGGGAGGUGCGCGGGGAGGCGCGGGGCGAGGCGAGCCUGCGGCGCGAGACUCUGCGCGACAUCGAGGUGCGCGUGCUGAAGUACGCGGACGAGCUGGAGGCGGGCGCGCGCGCGCUGCGGCCCGGCCUCGCCGCGCAGGCGCAGAUACAGCACUACCGACGCAAGCUCAUUAAGAAGGCUUUACGUGAAGCCAAGGAGGUGAAAGAGGAGGAGGGUUCUCCGAGCGGCGCGGCGGGCGGGGGCGCCGACGACGACGCCUUCUCCGUCUCCUCGCGCAAGUCCAAGAAGUCGCGCGAGCCCACGCUGUCGCCGCCGCCCAAGCGCUCCAGACACAGCGAUCGCAAGUCUAGAUCCCGAUCAAGGUCGCGUGAACGAGAACGUGACAGAGAUCGAUCCCGGGAACGAGAACGCGAGAGAGAGCGAGAGCGGGAAAGAGAUAGAGAGCGGGAACGUGAGAGAGAGAGGGAGCGAGACAGAGACAGGCGGCGGCGGUCGCCGGCCACGCCGCCGCACCACAGGAAGCACGCCAAACACGCUAAAUAUAAGUAC